AGGUUUGGAACUUUGAACGCGGGGCAAACUGUAUUUUGCAAAGACUCACUCCGAGUACUAUUCUGAAUGGGCUGGGUGGCGGAAGCAUUUCAGUGGUCAUGCUUAGUGACUUUUUGGCAUUAUUAAACAACAAAAAACUUAACAUCAGAGGGGAACUAUUUUGCCUUGUUGCGUACAACUAAUAAAUCGGUGCGUGCAGGACCUUUAAAAGUUGGACCGAGUGCGUGGGAACGACAAGCUUCCAGCAGAUACUGAAGGAUAGUUCGUGGGGAGAAAAGCAUCGCUGACACCCACUGCUGAAAUGUCCGGGCACGGUCCAGGUCUUGCGACCGGGAUGGGAAUGUUUGGCCUGCCACCAGACGCACAGGGCCUGGAGCUCUUCGACAGUAGAGAGGACGCCCUCAAGAUCUUCCGCAAGUAUAAAGAGAUUUCGAACCGGCAGGAUUCGGCGGACAAAUUCAAGAAAACUUUCGACCCCAGCAAGCCGGGAGCCAUGGUGACGUUUGAGGUUACCCUGCGAUCUGUUGAUAGAACCACCAUUGAGGAAUUGGGUCUGGCGUCAUCCAUCACCGACUGGAAAAAAUUCCCUGGUAUACUGAAGAUGAUGUUUCACAAGUGGAGUGUUGAUCCCACGGUGUUGACGGAAGUCAUGCAGUUCGUGGUCUUCAUCAAGCGCAUGGGCUUUACUCUCAAAGUCGGAGAUCCGAUGGAAGAUGUGGGCUUGGUUUCCAUGGCAAACGAGGAGGUAUCCUUCUCCAGUCUGCACGUGCACAAAGAGCGCCCUCUCUUGGUCAUCGCCUCCUCGCUUUCCUGACCCCCGUUUGCGGCCUGUGUCUUGGGAGGUACUCUGCACGAGUUGUUCAGAGACUUCAAGGACCGGGUCGACUUCCUCUGCGUGUACCUGGCCGAGGCACACCCGAAGGGGAGGUGGGGGUUUGGGUUUGAUUACCAGAAGAUGGACCAGCACAAGACCAUACAAGAAAGAGUGGAGGUUGCACGCUCACUGAUGGAGAUAGACGCCCAAAACCACCACACCUUCACCGACGAUCUCUCCAGUCAGACCAAACUCAGACUGGUGCUCGACAACAUGGACAACGGCUUCGCGCUGGCUUACGACGCGCAUCCAGACCGCAUCCUCGUCAUAGAGGGCGGCAGAGUGACGUUCAUUGGCCGCAACGUAAACGACCAGCUAGAUCAGCCCCACAUGUUGAUGACGGACGAGGCGAGGGAAUGGUUGCAAGAAAGACUUGGUUAAGUUUAGGGGUAACAACUUUCUCAGGAAAAAAAAAAUAAACGACAAGAUGACAGAACAUGGUUUGGUAUUGAAAGGGCCUGUGACAUGAUUCUUACUUGGGAAUAUGUUUUGCGCAACUUUCUACUAUGUAUGAAAACUAUUUGACAUCCCUUGUUGGUUAAUUUUUAAUUGCAAAGUGCACUUCUUUAAACCUUUUUUUUUUUAAAUGUCCACGCUUUUCCUGAUAAAUUAGGGCGCUGUUGCUGUGAUGUCAUUUCAGGAAGACACUGUUCACUUUAUGCGUUUUCUGUUCAAAUUGUGACUCCAAAAUUUACUUAAUGGAUGAUUUGUGAGAAAACUGUGCUCAUUGGCUUACUUUCAUGUCAUGAAACAACAACGAUUUUUUUGUGCUGAAAUUGAGCUGCAACAUUGAGGUUUCUGCCUGAAAUGACAUCA